GAAUUGUCAUCGACAUCACAUUCACCAAAACACAAAACACACUCUGCCGACCGAACCAAUCUCUUGCUGCUUGUUUUUAAUUGACAAUUAAAAUUAAAUACAAACAUGAUGCUGUCUAGGGCCACCCCCCUUCUCCACCAACACGCCUCCAAUGUCCGACUGCUCCAUGCAUGUGCCACCAAUUUAUCACCACCUCGGUCCCCCUCCGCCAAGGGAAAGUUGACCAACCAUGGUGGAAAGAAUAUCGUUUUUGUUGACGCCGCCCGGACACCAUUUCUCAUUUCGGGGACAGAUUAUCAAAAAAUGAUGCCUCACGAUCUGGCUAGAUUUGCUCUCCUCGGUCUGGCUGAUAAGCUGUCCCUCACGGAAGCGCAAAAGUCACUCAUCGACUAUAUCUCUUUCGGGACGGUCAUUCAAGAAGUCAAAACUUCAAACGUGGGAAGGGAGGCGUCGUUGGGAGCUGGAUUCCCACUCCACAUCCCCGCCAACACAGUAACGAUGGCUUGUAUUUCAAGCAACGUCGCCAUCGCACAGGCCGUCGGCUUGAUUUCAAGUGGAGUUUACGAUGUUUGCAUCGCUGGUGGAGUCGAAUUCAUGUCCGAUGUCCCGAUUCGACACUCUAGAUCAAUGCGAGCUCUCAUGUUGAAGGCGAAUAAGGCGAAAUCAACGAUGCAGUUGUUAGGACUGUUGGGGCAGCUAAGACCGAAGCAUUUUGCUCCAGAGCUCCCUGGGAUAGCAGAAUUCUCAACGGGGGAAAUAAUGGGUCAUUCCGCAGAUAGACUGGCUGCAUCGUUUAAAAUCAGCAGAGAGGAGCAAGACGAGUUUGCCAUUAGGUCACAUUCGAACGCACAGAAGGCUUCACAGGCAGGAUUUUUGAAGGAUGUCAUCCCCGUAAAACCACCAGGCUCUAAAUCAAUAAUAACUAAAGACAACGGAAUUAGAGUUUCAACCAAGGAACAAAUGGCAAAGUUAAAGCCAGCGUUUAUCAAGCCUCACGGCACCAUCACAGCAGCGAAUGCGAGCUUUUUGACGGACGGAGCUAGUGCAUGUCUUAUCACAACCGAGGAGAAGGCAAAGGAACACGGAUGGAAACCAAAAGCAUAUUUGAGAGACUUUUUAUUCGUAAGUCAGGAUCCAAAGGACGAGUUAUUGUUGGGACCCGCCUACGUUAUCCCGAAACUCCUCGCCAGAGCUAACUUAACCCUCAAUGAUAUUGAUGUGUGGGAAAUUCAUGAGGCUUUUGCAGGACAAGUCCUUGCCAAUCUGAAGGCUCUCGAUUCAGAUUACUUUUGCAAAAAUCAUAUCAAACUUCCAGGAAAAGCUGGAGCGAUCGACAUUAACAAAUUAAACAAUUGGGGAGGAUCCUUAAGCAUUGGACAUCCCUUCGGAGCUACAGGCGUCCGACUGGCUGCCCAUUGCGCCAACCGUAUGAUACAUGAAGACAAACAAUUAGCUUUCAUCGCCGCCUGUGCUGCUGGUGGACAGGGCGUCGGGAUGAUAAUUGAACGCCAUCCAGAAGGAAAGUUUUGAAGAGUUAGUAGUACAAGUUGGUGGUGUGGUGCUGAACCCUUCUUCAGUUCUGCUUCGGCCCUACAAAUCAAAGAGAGAAAGAAAUGUUUAAAUAUUUAUAUAUAAAAGUGUCCACAAAUAUUGUAAUCGUGACUAUUAUUAUAAUUAUAAAUUGAAUAAAUAAGGUUUACCUUCA